AUGCUGCGUUUGCUCCUUCCUGCUCUUGGUGUGGUGUCUCUGGCAGAGCAGCUGGAGUCGCCCGAGUUGCAGGAGCCUUGUCGAGGCAGCUCGUGCACGGCGGGCGCAGGCUUCGUGCAGUACAGGCGGUUGCUGAGUCAGAAAGCUUCGGUCCGAGACGAGUUCUGUCAAGGCAAGACUGGCCUUUAUGCUGCACCGGCAGGGGCGGAGGGCAACAUUAACUGCCGGGGCUUUUACAACUGCUUCCACGGCAAUGAAGCCAUGCAGCUUUGCGGCUCCGGCUUGCGCUUCAGCCCGACGACCAUGAACUGUGACUGGGAGGCCAACGUGGCUUGCGACGUCGUUACAACCGAGGGUCCAGGUGUGACGACGACCGUGACGAUGGUGACGACUGUGCAGGCCACAACGGCACCUCCCGUCACAACAACAGGCGGCUCAUCAAUCGACCCGUCCGACUUCUGCAUUGGGAAGGUUGGUCUUUAUGCGGCCCCGGUUAACAUGGCGGGCAAUGAGGAUUGCAGGGGCUAUUUCAACUGCUUCCGCGGAGACGAGCCCAUGCAGCUUUGCGCGCAGGGCCAGCGCUUCAGCGCCGAUCUCAAGAACUGCGACUGGCGCGCGAACGUUCCGUGCAGCGAGGUGACGGAGACGUCCACCACGGCUGGCACCACAGCGCCUCCCGGCUCCAGUAGCUCGACCACCUCAUCGACCACGGCGGCCCCUAGCUCCACAAGCUCCACAAGCUCCGCCAGUUCCACAAGUUCCACAUCAGCAGUGGGAUCCACAGCUCCGGCGACGACGCCGGGCCCGAGUGGCAAGAUCUUCGUGGCCUACUUUGCAAACUGGUUUCAGUGGUGGCCUGCUCCCUACAAGUUCAUGCCAUCGGACAUCGCCGCCGAGAAGAUCACGCAUCUCAACUACGCCUUUGCCAUGAUCCACAGCAGCACCUUCCAGAUCCGUCACUUUGAGGACAACGACGUCAGCAACUGGGGCACCGGCAACUGGCAGGUCCCCUGCAGCCAGCAGGCUGCCGGUUGUACCAAGGGCCUCUACGAGCAGGUGAACGACCUCAAGGCAACCCAUCCGCACCUGAAGACGCUGAUCUCCAUCGGCGGCUGGUCCUUCAACCUGCCGGCCAGCGAGGAUGCGGAGAGCGCGCGCCGCAUGUCGCGCCUCGAUGCCGGCUGGACGGAGUACGUCUUCUCGGACAUGGUGAGCACGGGCGAGAACCGCCAGAAGUUCGUGGACUCUGCCAUCGAUUUCUGCCGGACCUGGGGCUUUGAUGGCCUUGACCUUGACUGGGAGUACCCAGGCUUCAUUGGCCGUGGUGGCCGUGCUACGGACAAGGCCAACUUUGCAACGCUGCUGAGGCAGCUUCGAGCUGCCUUCGAUGCAGAGGGCACAAGCUCGGGCAGGACGCCGCUGCUUUUGACCGCCGCGGUCGGCAUUGGACCCAGCACCGCCGACAACGCAUAUGACGUCCCGGCUCUCAAUGAGAACUUGGACUUCAUUAACUUGAUGACCUACGACAUGUACGGAGGCUGGAGCCCGGAGAAGACUGCCAUUCACAGCCAGCUUUACGCAGGCCCAGGGGACUCCUUUGGGGAUGGAGUUCCCUUGAGUGGUGAGUACGCAGUCAACGACUGGAUUGCCCGGGGCGCCAGUGUCAGCAAGCUGGCGCUGGGCCUUGUGACCUACAGCCGCAGCUUCCAGCUGCAGAGCAGCACGCCCGGUCAGGGCCCUGGCGCAGCAGGGCAGGGGUAUGGAGCCACCCAGGCCAUCAGCAAGCAAGUGGGGCUUGCGAGCUACUAUGAGAUCCUGACUCUUAUUAGCCAAGGAGCUGAGAAGCACUAUGAUUCGGCCCGCUGCGGGGCCUACCUUCAGCAGGGUGAUCUCUGGAUGGGCUUCGAUGAUGAGGAAAGCGUGCGAUGCAAGGCAGAUUACAUCAAGGAGAAGGGCCUGAUUGGAGGCCUCCUUUGGGAUCUUCCCGAGGAUGACUUCCCCAAUGGCUCCCCCAUCGUCACAGCCUUCAGCCAGGCCCUGGGCCUCUGA